AUGGAUUUAGAUGAGGCCUAUGUAGUAAAAUCGGAACAUGUAAAGUUACAAAAUCACAGCUAGGGGGUCGUUGUCUUUGGAGGCGUCCCCCUUCGAAGUCACAAAAAAUAUGGUAACCCUAGUUAUUAUACUAGUUUCUGAACCAAUCAGAAUUUAGAUUUCAAUUAAAUUAUAAUUACAAUUAUCUGUUAAACAUUUUGCCGGUUCUUGUGUGGCUGCGUUUGAUAUCCUCUUAUGGUCGACUAUUUGGGAAUGCUUUAAUUGUAGCAAAAAUACGAAAAAAAUAAUUAAUGAGGAGGCGCAGUUCUUACCACUUCAUGGCAGCUCCUUCACAGCCUACAUGCCUUGGUUUGUGGCAGCAAAAUUUCGCCCGUCAUGAUUUUCAAUUUGCUACCGUGGAACCCCGCCUCACGCCAUUGGUUUGUGGCAGCCAAAAAAUCAGCCGCAAUGGUUUAGCGGCAGCUUCAGACGCCACUAAAUACUCAAAACUUUAAUGAGGGUAAAAUGCAAAAAUUAGGUGAUAAUUACAAACUUUAUUUUGAUCGCGACUCAAUGUUUGAUACGGGAGUAAAUUGCACUACUCAAAAUAAAAGUAGAAAUAAUUAAAGAGUUCGAUAUAUACAAGAAAAUGCUGGAUGUUUAUUGAAGGAAAAAUGUCAAUUCGUGGGAGAUUUUUCGUCUUGAAAAAUGAGCUUCUUUUGCAAUAACCAUUGUUUGUUCGAUUUAAACCCACAUUGACUCAAGGAAUAAGAAAAUGCAUGUGAUAAUUUUAUUGUUUGUGACUACUUAUAGCGAGCGUGUUGUAUAUUUCAUACUUGAGAAAAUAGAGAAGAACAUUUCUCCAGGAUUCAUGCUAAGCCGCUUCCUGACGAUUCGUGUAACAAAGCCUUGACGAAGACAUUUUCUAAUUAAGUUGAUUGUUAUCCGUUUCGUUUGUUUGAAUAAGAAAGCAAGUCAAUAAAGCCUGCAUGUCGAAUGACCUCAUUGCAAACAUCGUUUGUUCGGCUCAAUCAAUAACCAGCUUUCGCUCAGUAACCGAACUUAUAAUUAAUGCCCAAUAGUGGCUUGAUAUCUGCACAUUUUGGACAUGGAUACUUCAGCAGUACAAUCUUGGGAAAAGUUUGAAUUAAAGAAGACGAUUGGUAUAUGGAGCGCGGUCGCCUUAUUAGCUGGGACAAUGGUUGGAUCAGGAAUCUUUGUUUCACCAUCUGGUCUAUUGCAAGGAGUAAACGGAAACGUUGGGAUAAGUUUAGUGCUGUGGGCGUCCUGUGGGUUGUUGGCUCUUUUAGCGGCCCUAUGCUAUGCUGAAUUAGGAACAAGGAUAUCGGAAUCUGGUGCAGAUUUUGCGUAUCAUGGAAUUACGUAUGGGAAACCUAUGGGAUUCAUAUACGCAUGGACGUCAAUAAUUAUUGUUCGAUCUACUGGGAGUGCCGCGAUGGCUAUAACAUUCGGUAUAUAUUUAGCUAAACCUUUCUAUCCAGGCGACUGUGUUCCGCCUGAUAUUGUAGUUAAAUUUGCCGGAACAAUAUUGCUGUUGUUACUGACAUUGAUAAAUUGCUGGAGUGUCAAGGCAUCUACUAAAUUCCAAAACUUUUUCACCGCCGCUAAAUUUUUUGCGAUGAUUAUCAUUAUUAUCGGGGGCUUGGUUCAGCUUGGGAAGGGAAAUCCUAUUGGAAAGGCCAACUUUGAUCAAGCAUUUGAUACAGAAAGCAUGACCACAAUUACUUUCACACAGAUUGGCCUGGCAUUUUAUCAAGGACUUUUUUCCUAUGAUGGUUGGAAUAAUUUGAACUACGUAACGGAAGAAGUAAAAGAAAGCCACAAAACGCUCCCACGCGCGAUUUUAAUAGCAGUGCCUCUCGUGACAGGAUUCUACGUGUUAAUGAACGUUGCUUAUUUAUCAGUUUUAACUCCCAACGAAAUGAUCACUUCGCCCGCUGUGGCUAUUUCAUUUGGUGAUCGUGUUCUCGGGUCAUUCUCGUGGAUCAUACCGGUGACUGUGUGCUUGUCAACUGCUGGAUCAUUAAACGGAUCGUAUUUAAGUGGAGGAAGAAUGCCGUUUGUGACAGCCCGCGCGGGGCAGUGGCCUUCUGUGCCGAUUGUCAUUCCUAUCAUUGUAACCUUGUCUGCCUUGUAUCUGGUGAUAGCACCAAUUGUCGACUCACCAAAUUGGAUCUACUUAUAUGCAGUGAUAUUUAUAAUAUCUGGAUUGAUACCAUACUUUGCACUGAUCCACAAAGGCUACAAAAUUCCAGGGAUUGACACCGUGACAAUGUAUGGCCAACUUAUAUUCAAUGCUGCACCGACGGAUUGGGAAGACAUUUUUUGAGUUAUGCAGGACAAGAUUCAUGGAGUUCAGUGUUGAUAUUGCACAGUCCAAGACAAUAAUUGGAUCGUUACCCAUAUUUUUGAUAUAGUUGUUAAUAUCAUAUAGUUGUUAAUAUCGCAAUGGAAUGGGACACGUCGUAAAAUUAAGGUGACGCUGAGUGCCGCUCGAUAUUGUCGUAUAAUGCUUCGACAAAUCAUGACAACUACAUCUUUAUUGUGUGAAACAACGAGGUACUUCAGAUAACACCCAUUGUCGAAUUUUCGUUUUUCAUAAUCAACCUCUCUUUUUUGCUGAUAGACGUUUUAACUUUUAACUCAAAAUUUUUGAUAUUUUACUCAAAACAUAGCGCCAAUAAAGAAAUAGCCUAUUAGAAUAUUGAAUAUUCUCCAACGAAAUUUCGUCCCAAUGUGACUCAACACAAAGUAAAAACGAUGAUAACGCCAUUACAAAAAAUCAUUUAAAAAUAAUAGAAUGCGAAAUCUUUAACGUUAAUAUAUUUCACGGACCGUACCAUUGCUCGCAUAUUGCACACCUCUGUACCAAAACAGCAGGAGCUGGGAUAGUAUCAAUAAUAGCAUAAAAGCGUGCACCGACGUGUAGCCUAUCUCUUUUCUAGGAAAUGGGAAGGAGCGCCUAACAAUACAUAGGGUGUCGCAUACACAAACUAUUUUGCAUGAAAGAUAUUACCGGUAUCUGCCCUCGUCCUGAAUAUUUGAUGCAUUUGCGUUUCGUCAGGAAAGAUCCGUAUUCCGUGCUAAAAAAACUGCCAAUUGUGACAAUAGACUACUUUAUAGCCAUUAAUUUAGAUAGAUCUACAUGUGUCUACAAGAACUACGGUUGUCUCUGCUCGAUAACAUUCAUUAAUUACCUAUGACCUCCUUUCCUGAGUUGAAUUGUGUAGCCCACUGUUAGUCACGAAAAAUAGGUUAGCCUAUAUAGUGUAUUUGUGAGAUUUAGUUUAGUUAUUUUCAGAAGUUUCAGUUCAGUUAUUUUAGAAUUUUCGGGCAGCAGAUGUCAAUAUAUUAUACCUGCAAACUAGAGAUAUUGGAUUGUGCAAAUGUACGAUUUUGUUCUCGUUUAUUUAUCAAUUUAAUACCAUCUCGAUCGAGUAUCAUUCAGAAAUUGAAAACACAAUAACCUAGUACCCCAAACUUUUUGAUGCUCAUUUUGAUAGUGUUUUCGCUAGUUGACAAACGAAUUUGCAUCUUCGGCGGUGUGGCGCGUUGUGCUAUGCGUUAGGAAUACUCUUGUCAUCUCACCUCUGGUUACACUGCGUGGGUUCGCGUCUAUUCUUCAUAACAAUCAUUUGAAUUCAUACUAUUUCGCCACCCGUCAUUCAAGAGUACCGAAAGCUAAUUUCAGCAUGAUUCAUCGCAACUUCUUGGGAUUAUUUUUUUCACAAUAACUACCGUAAACUAAAACUCCUUGGAAGACGAAAUGUCUAUUGAGUCAUUUGGUUUAUGCCAAUGAGCAUAUACACAAUGAGUGGAAACUUCCAAAUAUUUGCUCAUCAAUCCAUUGUGCCCUGCA